AUGUUCGCUCCCACGCAAUCCCAUUUGGAUGGUGCCCCUGAAAUCUCCCAUGGCGCGCAUUAUGCGGCUCCCAGAUCUUGGAGCAACUUGAGGAGAUGGAGCGCACAAAAGAAUCAAUCUAAUGUCGCGCGCGCACAGCAGCGGUCAAGCACCGGUUCUACCAGUGCAACGCUUACUGACAAUUACACCGGCCAUCACAUCGGUGCCGAGCCUUCCCAACAAUGGCAGCCAAUAUUUCUCACCCUUUUCAAGCAUAUCGUCGUGUUCCUCGCUUUCUCUCUUCCGAUCAUUUUCCUCGCUCUCGUCGUUAAGAUUCCGAAAUGGUAUGCCUUUGAGGCUGACUACUGGGUAUCAAAUUCUUUCACCCACUGCAACUUCAAUGGACAGUUCACGCCGUACGACAAGCCGUCGAUCAGCCUCUGGGAUCCGUCCGGAUUCUUCUACAUCACCGUCUCCUGGGGAAAGAUGGCCUUCUCAACAGCGAAAUUCAUCGAUAUCGUAUGGGAUAUUUUCGUUGGGCGUGGAGGGCAGGCUUUUCUUGCGGUGGUCACCUUCAAAGUUUCGUCGCAGUACUUGGCCUUGGCUAUGCGCGAAGCCUCCGUGUCUUACAACACAUUUGAGUCCUUGGCUUUUGUGCCUCCGAGCUUGGGUAGGACAGGCCGAUUGGCCGCCGAUUUGCUAACGAACCGCGGCUGGCGAGCGAGGUUAAUCAUGGUCUGGAUUGUGUUGAGCUCUCUGUUCGUCCUCAGCUUCUCAACCCUAAUCACAGCCAUGUCAGGGUACAGCAGCGAUAUCAACGCGGUCAUGCCAGAUUAUGACAAUGAGUCCAUCCUGUGGACAAACUUUCAAGUGGUUCAAUUCGCCAUUAACGACGCAGAGCGUAUUGGACAGCCUGGACCAAUGUAUAUUACGGUUGGAGAUACCUGUGUUCAGGAGGGAUUUCUUGGUGAUGAUGACGACGACGACGACGAUGAUGGCGACAACUACGACAAUAGCGACAGUCCAUUCCCCAACAAGACUCGACACCGACGUGACAAUGACGACGGAGCAAACAACGAGAACUCGAGUGGUCACGGCAAAGUGGAUUGGGAUUACGUCCCCGCCAACUGCACAACGUUCUGGCAUGCUGUGCAAUAUGUGAGCAUGUAUGGCCUCAGUGGGCAGAACCACUCUGAAAGCAACUUUACUCUCAAUGGGCAGACGCACACAAUUGGCGCCCCAACGCUCAACAUCACGACCUCCUACUCGCCAGUGGCAUUGUCCACGUUAACCACCUACCUGACCACCUUCUCCGAAUCAUCACCACCGGCUCCAGGAGCGCUGGAUUCCGUUUCACAGCUUACUGACUUCGCAUUCUGGCUGUACGAUAACGAAACAUAUCCUUUCUCCUACAUCCUAGACAACGCCACAUGCCGGUACUCGAGGUGGCAUAACUGGGGAUUUUCAUUCCUCUUUUUAUUCAUUACUUCGUUGCUACUUGCGCUAUGGGCAAUUGGCACCUAUGCAUUAUGGCUGUACACAUAUCUGAACGCCCCCCACGGGCGAGUCCCGGGGGAGAACACGACAGGCGGCAUUUACAGAUCGAGCUGGACGCUGGUCGAGGCUAUGAGAAGAGAUGUCGGGCCCGGUGCUGUGACACCGGAGAUGAGAGAGGGUGAGAUCCGUGGAUUGGUGAGACGACGGCCUGGACGUGUAAUCCAAGGCGUAGGUGACAUCAACAAUAGGGGUCACCCACAGCUUCUGGCCGAAUCCGAGAAGAAUCCAACAGUGUCUCCCUCUCCCUUGGCUCCAACCCAGAGAGCUCCCGCAACGCGCUGGUCAGUUCUCCGCUCAUGGCUGUCUCCAUCGCCCCGACCAAAUCAUCAUCCGGUAAAUGGAAUGUAUUCACCCGCGAACAGUGUGUUCACACACGCCGGCUCCACUUUCUCCUCAUCCUCUCAACAUCCGAUUCUGCACUCGCCCGCUGCACCAGGGAGGACCAUGACCAUGACCUCGCGUAUGUCGAGUCUCGCAUCCCCUCAGACAGACUCACCCGUUACAUUCGGCUUCUCUGCCGCCGCCGAGGCAGACAUCCUAGAGGGCUCUGGCAUUGUAAGUGGUGUUGAUCCUAUAUCUGGCAUUUCAACUGGAACAGGACCAACCGGGAAAUUCCGCCCGAGACUGAGUCUGAGUCGAAUCAUCCCCCCUGCGUCACCAGCGAACAACCCACGCACGGCGUCCUUGCUUUCUCCGUCCUCAGCAGCAGCGGCCAAGUGGAUCAGCUCUCCUGAUCCGAUGUCCGCCUCGGAGGAAGCUUCAACGGUGAGCAUCUCACCCAUUCGUGAAGAUCGAAAAGAGAAGGUGGAUGAGGGUGAUGCGAUUAGGUGGAAGAAUGAUCUGGGUGACGACUGA